AAUGCAAAAAUAUAAAGUAAAUUAUAAAUAUAAAUAUGAAUAGAAUAAUACUAGUAGAGAAUAGAAGACUCAGGAGAGAGAGAUCGUUGAGACAAAAAUCUGAAAGUGGAAUGAAAGAGAAAGACAUGUGAAUUAAGGUGAGGUCUGACACCAUUGCCGACCGAGAAGCCACCCUUGCUUCGGCCGCGCCGCCUACCUGCCCACUGCUUACUGGUCCAUUCCCUAUCAUAUUGUCUCUCUUCUUUAAUUCCUUGUCCCUCCAUCUCUCCUUUUUUAGGGCCAACCCGAUGAUAUUCUUGGGCUGUCACCCAAAAACACACAUUAAAGAUCACUGAAUCGAGGCUUCGGGUGCCACGGACAUGGGUGUUCGACACAACCUAAACUAACCUUUUUCCUCUUUUAACCGACGACUGUACUUUCACUGAACCAACAAACCUCCCCGUUUCUCUUUCUCUUUCUCCUCCCUUAAAACAUCUCUCACUCAGCUCUAGAUUGAGUGAGACCUUGCCUUACUGGACUUUGUCCACGCCCGACACUCGUACAGAUUCCCUUGUAUUUCACCCUCUCUCGUAAAAGCAGGUCAGCCUCUCCUCAGCUUUCUACACAUAUUCAAAAGUGUAUGUGUAUAUAAAAAAAAAAAUUUAAAUGCACAUAAUUAUUAGUUUAUGUGAUUUCUCGCUUCUUUUUGGAGAUGGAAAAUCUGGCCAGAUUUUUCGUGGUGUUUUAAGGGGAUAUUUUUAAUAAAUUUAGAUUCUUGAUUAUCAUUUGGUUUUUUGCUGGGAAAAAAAAGGUGGAAAAAGACUUGGGAAGAUCAUGGUUUUGUCGAAGUGGGUUGGUAGGUAGGAGAUAUAGGCAUGUAGACAAGGUAACGAUCGCCGUGGUUUUGUUGUACAGUGGAGAUUCUCAAGAGCCAGAGACAGACACGUAGAGAUAUCAUACAGCUCUAUAUCUGAAACGCCUCUCUAUCUCUCUCUCUCUCUCGCCUCAUCACAAAGCCUGCAUGCACCAACACCCAAGUAAACCCAAAAUCUUGAUUCUGUAUUAGAUUAACGAUAAAAGGAAUUUGAUAAAUCAGCAACAGAAACAAGAGUAUAUAGAUAUACAGUUAUGCAGCAAGAUAGAGGAGGAAGAGGGAGUGAGCAAGGCAUGAAGCAGAACCAGCAGCAAGAUCAGAGGUUGAAGCCGUUGACGGGCGAGAAUCAACAGCAGCAUCCACCUCAAAAGUGCCCUCGUUGUGAGUCUCUUAAUACAAAGUUUUGUUACUACAACAAUUACAGUCUCUCGCAGCCUCGUUAUUUCUGCAAGACUUGUAGAAGGUAUUGGACUCAAGGUGGAACCCUAAGGAACGUGCCCGUGGGCGGUGGUUGCAGGAAAGGGAAGCGCACAAAGGUUUCAUCUUCCGGUGAAAAUUCAAGGUCUCAGCCGCUGAUAUCUCAGCAGCAAGCAGCCCAGCAACACAGCUUGACAUCACCGCAAAGUAUGAUCUCUUCUAAUCCUAUGAUCAGUGUGAGUGCUGCUUUCAGAACAAAGGAAUCUGGUAGUUUGGCUUCAUCAUCUGCUAUUCCUUCUGUGGGAUCGUAUUAUCCUAGUGCUGGGUUCAUGUCUUCUUUGGCAGCAAUUCAGUCAAUGAACCAACCGCAACCUUUUAAUCAACCCCUCAAUCAGGCUCUAAGUAUGGGAGGUGACUUGGGUGGUUCUUCUAAUUUGGGUCUUUUGCAGGGAUAUGGUGUCCCUUCUUUUGGGUCGCAACAGCAUCAGCCAAAUCAGCAGACUCAAUUCUUUCCAAUGGGUGAUAGAGAUCAAAAGACCGUAAACAUGUACCCAUCUGAUCAAGAAAGGUUGAUUCAGUCUAGCAGGCUUGCUGCAGGUAAUUCUUCUCAGCAGAAUUGGCAUCAAAGUUUCAUCAACAACAGUGACCCUACAGCCUCUGAGGCGGCUUUGUGGAGUAUGAACAACAACAGCAGCAGCAGCACAAGCAGCGCUGGCAACACUAACACCAGCAACACUACGGCUGCUUCUUUGAAUCCAAAUCAAUGGCCUGAUCUUCCAGGUUAUGGUGCUCCUCCAUAGGGUUCUUUUGCCGGCCAUUGUUGUAAGCGUCCAAAGGUAGACUGCUUAAUAACUCUAAAAAUGGAAUUCGUUUUUUGCUCUUAGUAUACAAAAAGCUAUUGAGCUUUUGAGCCUCACAUAUCCAAAAUCGUAUCAUCUAUUGUCUGUCCAGCUGCUGCUGUUGGGUUGGUUUUAAUCUGGUUCAACUCGAGCGAAUCUUGUAAUGCGGGUAUUGCUUCCUGUAAAUGAAAGAACAGUACGGCAAAUAGCCGUUUGUUUGUCUUUUUCUUCCUAAUGUUAUACAGAUUCUGGGUUGUGUUUUUACUUGAAGCUUUUAGUAUUCUUGGGGAAGGGAACAACCCUUGAGUUGGGUUUUGUUGAUGUUUUUUCUUUUUAUCUUUUUUUUAUAUUAUAAUAAGGGGAACUACAUAAUUUUCAAUUUCAUGUUUGAACAA